AUGAUGUUAUUCGCCGUAUUAUACAUACUGUCUAUAGCUCGUAUAUGCCAUUGUGGAGAUGAUGACAGGAUUGUAGAAGCACAGCCUCAAUGUGCGGUCGCCUCUGGAGGUUCAUCUCAAGAUGGUGCCAGCGCUUUGCUCUCUGCGCAAGCCCUAGACAUUUCCGAGUUUGACACAGUUCUAUACACUGCCCAUUACUACAAUGAUACUGGGAAUGAUGUCAUAUUUGUGGUCCCUCGAGAGGGUGUAGUGGUGAAUAAAGUGGUUUACGGAGAUACCACAAUUUGGACUCCAAGAAGGGGAGAAGAGUUUGGCUAUGCCAAAGUAUACACAAAGGAUGGAGAGAAAUGUCUCCUGGGAAUUAUAAAAAGGAGACCCAAAGGUCCAAACUGCAGAUGGUUUGAGAACACCAGAGACGGAUGGAUUGAUUGUGAUGAUCAUGUUGCCAAGAUGAAAUCUCUUCGGGUACCAUCUUCCCGCAUCGACACAUUCAUUAUAAAUAUUGAGGAGGAUAGAGAUACUGAAGAAUGCAGAAUAUUCGAUACGAAAUUAUUUGGAGCUCAAAUGAGACUCUUCUUUGCAAAUCCUGGGUUCCUUGCCACGGAAGUAAGGCAUAAUGGAGUAUCCAUAUGGAAGGCAGAAGAUGAAGAAGAUAAAAUAUGUCUAUCUUGUAACUUGUACUACGAAAACAGCGCACCAUCACUAUUGCUUGUUGUUACAAAGGUAGAAGAAAAGGAAGAUUAUAGCUAUUUCCAUAUGCAAAAUAGAGAGUGGAAAGAGAUAACUACUCCAGAAUUUUAUGUCCAGAGAAAUAAGCUCAUUGCUCAAGAUUCCGUGGUCAAAGAGGAGGAAGUAGAAGAGCCUACUCCGCAGAGAUCGUGGUGGAGUGGAUGUUUGGGAAUGUUCACUAGUAGAUUGAGAGCAGCUACCAACUGUAUGCGCCAGAGGGAAAAUCUGAGACUUAAAACUAGGCGACGUAAUGAUAAAUAUUCCAAAGAGGAGACCGAGGUAGUAGAAGAGGUAGUAGGUGAUCCUGUUGCAUCACACAGCCAAGGAUAUGGAGAGGAUAGAAUCUCUAUGGAUGCAGACGAUAAUGAUGAGGAUGUUGACAUUAUCUUUGACCUUCCAAAUGAUGUGAAUAAAAUGGAUGCUGAAGACAAAGAUAUAGGGGAGAGAGAUGGAGAUGAAAAUGGGAAGUCAGAGGAACAAACUCAAGAACCUGAAGUACCGGCAGGGCCUACCACAGAUGCAGAGGAAUCCAAGGUUCUAGCAGAUGCUCCAGUGAAGAAGGAAGAGUCUGGAAAAGAGGGUGAGUACGAUUACGAUUACGACGAGGAAGAAUUAGAAGUCCUUGUAGAGACUACAUCCGAUGAUGUAGAGAAGGUGAAACCAACUUCAAAUGUAGUUCCUACCAGUGAAAAGUCUACAGAAACUCCUCAGGAUGCCUCUACAGAGGUUGUAAGGCCUUUAAGCCCUUUCCUCACCAAAGUAGACACUUCCUUAUUUGAUCUAGAAGAAGCAGAGGAAGAUGUUAAGGUUCUUAAACUCACUCCUAAAGUUGAUAAGGUAACUAAAGUCAAGUAUGAUAAUAGGCAGAUAUGGUCCGGCAAAUCUAGAAUAGGGUCAGAUACUCUUUGCUCCUCUGCUGCCUUAUAUUUUAGAGAGAAGCCUAUUCUAGCUAUUAUAAGAACGAAGAGUAGUAGUGGUAAGGAGGGUACAGUCUACAAGUACUAUGAUGGUACUAAAUGGCAGAGUUGUAAUGAAGAGACUCACGAGAAUAAUCUUGAGGCAUUGAAGGAAGACUGUAGGCCUAUUGGUAAGCCUGAAGACAAUCCACCUGUUUCCUCUGCUCCUUUGGAACAAGAUACCCUGAAUAUUUCUAGAGUAGAUCAAUCAAAUCUCGAAUAUUUUGAGUAUACACAUGAUGACAAUUUGAUUCAACUUAUUGCUCCAAAGAAGGGUGUAACAGUUGCAAAAAUCGUUAGAGGAAGUGAUACUGUAUGGACUCCUUCCUCUGGAGAAAAGUUCGAGUACUCCAAGCUAUAUCUUGAUAAGGACAGGAAACUUGUACUCAUCUUUGUUGCAAGUACAAUUUCUUCAAGGAUAGAAUACAACUACUUUGCAAAGAAUGGAACCAAAUGGGAAUGUGCAAGAGACUAUGCUGAAAAGAUGAAGUCUCUAAAGGUUGUUUCAUCCAGCAAACCUGACAUGUCUAUUGACUUAGCCAAGGUGGAGGACACAGAUGAAUGCAGAGUAGUUAAUGUUGAACUCAUGAAUAUACAAACACAUUUUCAUUUGCCAAAGCUAGGGUACCCUGUCAAGGAAGUAAGGGAUGACGAGGAUGUUCUGUGGACCUCUGACGGUCCUGGGAGAUGCACGGGUUGUGCUGUAUACUCCAAGAAUGAUGUUCGCCUGCUCUCACUUUUUGUAAGAGAUGGGAACGAGUUGCAUUACAAAUACUUUGAGAAAAUUGAUAGAAAGUGGAACUCCAUAGAUAAUGGUGACUUUAACAAUAAGUAUAAUGAUAUGAGAAGUGAAACAAGUUAUUCAUCUGAUGUCGCUUCAACGGAAUCCAAUGAAGUUGCCACUGUAAAGCAUGAGGAACAGGAUACUGCUGUAAUGGAUUCUUCUCAGACAGAUGCCGAUACCCAUGAAGAUGAAGUUAAACCACUGAGUGACGCAGAGUCUUCUAAAGAAAUAACUCCUCCAUCAACUCAACAUGUAGAACCUAAUGAGGAAGCUCCUACAGAAUCUCCUGAAGAUGUUCAACCUGAGAAGGGACCAGAAGAAGAAUCUGGAGAUGUAGGACCUUCCGAGUCUGAACCCAGUGACCCUAAUGUACCAGAGACUAAAGUAGAAGAACAUAAAACUCCGGAAGACGAAGAAUACAACGAACCUGAGGCUGAUCAGGAUGACUCAGACGAAGAUGAAGGAUCUAACUGUUCUUAUUACUCCACUAUCUCUCAAGAUGUCUGUAAAGAAUAG